AUGUGCCCUGUGCUGUGCUGUGCUGUGCUGUGCUGGGCGGCGGUUGUGUGCCUGUGUCAGAUGGCGUGGGUGGGUGAGUGGGUGUAUGGGAGGAGGGGUGGAUGGAUGGAAGAAUCGGGCGUGUGGAGGCGUGUGGGUGUACGGCGCGCAAAGCUUAUCGCCGCCCGCUCCUCGCUGCUAUUGCUGCUCCUGCUGCCGAUGAGCCUGGCCCUCGACGACCUGCACGGCAUCCUCCAUCCAUCCAUCCUUGAGCCUCUUGCGCGUUGCUCCAGCGCAACCAACCCCACAUGCAUGCCCUCGUCGCCCAUGGGUGGAUGGAUGCAGCGGCGGCGAGCCACACACACCUCCUCACGUGCGACACCCACAUGCCAUUGCCAUGCCAUGCCUCUUGCUGAUACUCGUGCUCGUAUCAACAUACCGUCUACUUAG